AUGCACAUGUCCCUCCACAAGUAUAUCCUUGACCCAUCAGGUCUACCCCCACUUCUCCGCAGUGUGCGAGGCGCACUCUUCCCCAACAACCUGCCAGGGAUCUCGAGUCUGACGGCACCCUCGUCUGAAGACGAGCUGCUUGCGCUAAGGCGCAGGUGUGCUAAGGAUCUUUGGGCGCUAAUUUCGCCUGGAUUUAUCGCAAAGCUCCUUGGGUCCGUUUAUUUCAGUGGCCGUUGCGGAUUUGGCGGCAAUUCUAGUCUCAAAGCCACGGCCGCGAGCCCAAAGGCCAGGCCAACCGCUAACACUGGUAGUACUAGUGCGCCCAUGGUGGUAAGUGAAGAGGAUGCCGAAAAGGGAGGCGCACUAGCCGGUGCUUCUCGUUCUACGACCAGUCGGGGAGCAAGCAAUGUCGGUUCUGCCACUGUCCAGCCUGCUGCUCCUCAAAACUCAUCACAGACGCCGAAGCAGGAUCAGACACAAAUGGAACAGAUGCGGAGCGGGAGCGGACCGAAGAAAAGCGGCCUAGAUCAGGGCCAGCAGGCGGUGGUUCCUGGUUAUGCUAGCACUACUGGCGGCCCAGUCCCAACUCAUCAACAGGGGUCAGGGUCGUCUGGAUCGCUCUCCUCGUUAUCGUCUGUUGCCCCUGCCCCUGGAUUUAGAGCUGGGCCUGGGUCUGGCCUUGGCCUUGGGUUUGGCCGUAGAGGGUCAGCACCUUCGGCAACAGCAGCAACCAUUACUACCAGUUCCGAUCCCCGGUCAGGUAGCAACAGCAGCAGCUCUAGUACGGGUAAUAGUCGGAGCAGUAGCAAGCUGUCUCUUACUGGAGGUGGUAGCACUAACGAUGCCGCCAUCCGCGCAGCAGCCUCAGCGAUCAAGACCAAACUAGCCAAGAGGGUGGAGGACCAACACGCUCAUGUUGUUGAAGUCCAUUUUCAGCAAGAGCUUGACGCGAAUGCAGAUGCAGAGGCAGGUGAUAUACACGCCGCUUCUGCAUCCGCUGCCACAGGCGGUCAAGCUCACGUUGAUGAUGCUGACGAUGAUGUUGACGAUGGAAACCCAAAUGAAGAGACGAUUUUGACAGAAAUCGAACAAGGAAUUCUGGAUGUGUUUAGCGAUGCCUAUCUAAACAAGCAUCUGAUUUACUCCAUACUGGAGUUGAUCCUGGUGCGGUUGAUGCCCGAAUUGGCGGAGAAGAGGGUUAGCGAGCUUUGGGAAGAGAGGCUUGCUUGA